AUUAUUUUUUAAAUCGAAAUGUAUACUUCUGCUGCAUUAAAAAAAAAAAACCAAACAACCACGCGCACAAUCUCAAAGAACUGGAAUACCAAGAUCGACGUGCAGCUGAACAUCAUGUCCUUCCUCUCGCCCCAAGAUCUGUGCCACCUGGGAAGCACGAGUAGUUACUGGAGGGCGGCGGUGCGGGACCCGUUGUUGUGGAGGUAUUUUCUCCUGCGGGAUCUCCCCCUCUGGGCGUCUGUUGAUUGGAAGUCGCUCCCAGAUGUGGAGGUUUUUAAUAAAGCCUUUUCAGAGGCCAGCGAUGAGGCAUUGUAUGAUUACAUGGCAGUAUACAAAAAGAGCUGUCCUCAGGGUAGAAGAAGUUUGAGAUCAAGCCGACCCCGGUAUGGGGCUGUGACUUCCUUUCUGCAAUCACUGGUCACUCAGGCGGAACCUCGGUUUGCCAUGUUUGGGCCGGGUUUGGAAGAGCUGGACAACUCGUUAGUGCAAAAGAUGAUGACGUGCCCAGAAAUUCUGGUAGUAGCUGGCCUACCUCAUAGACAAAUUCAUGGAAUUGGAUCAGGAGUCAGUUUUCAGUUUAAUAACAGUCAAAAAUUCAAUAUUCUGACAUUGUACUCCACCACCAGUGUGGAAAGGAGGAGAGCAAGGACAGAGCAAGCUGUUGCUGUGAAUAAGAUGUUUUACCAAGAGAACAGCACAGAAGGGAAUCAGCAAGCCGUGCACUACAGUGUAAUAGAUCAAGUGAAGAAAGUGUGCGAAGUAGUUGAUGGAUUCAUUUAUGUUGCUAAUGCAGAAGCUCAUAAAAAGCAUGAUCGUCAGGAGGAACGGGCUCGUAUUUUGGCCAUGAUUGAUCCAGCCCUUGGGCCUCCGAACAGACCUCUGCUGGUUUUGUCCUGUGUCUCUCACAUUGGUGUGGAAAGAAUUCCAUGUGUUUAUGUGGCACAUCAGUUGCAACUAAAUCUGCUACGUCAGCCCUGGAUGGUGCAGGACACUGUAGCUGCAACUUUAGAUGGUUUGCUAAAUGGAAUUGAGUGGCUCUUGGAAGAAGCAAAUUGUAAAAAUGCACAGUAAUGGAAUUGUGUAUUGUUGUACUGUGUAAACCCUUUGGCAUUUUGCAUUUCAUUUAGCGAGAGUCUUGUCCUUCCUGCAGGGGCGCUGUGAGAAGGAAAAUUUAAAAGACAAACCUGCAUAUAUAUCACUGCACGUACUUAACAUUCUUCCAACUACAGUCCUGAAUUAGAAGUACAAGUAGGAUUGCUUGGAUUCCAGCAGCUGCUGACAGUAAUUGGGCGGGUCGGUUUGGGUGUUUUGGUUGUUUUCCUUCUUUCAGCGGGGAGCCUUCAGUACAGUCUUCUCAGUAUAUCUGAUUGUCUAUUCUCUUCAGUAAAUACAUGUAACACUACAUUAGUUUAUCAGCACAGCUCUGUGACAGGCACAACAGUGCCUGUCACAGGCACCACAAUGUUCAGUCAACAUUUUCAGUGGAGAUCUUGACAGGGACAGUUCCCAACCAAAGAAAAUAUACUGUACUUGGUACAGUAGUAGGCUGACAGAAAGAAUUCCCCUGCAAAAAACAGACAAAAAAUAGCAGAAGAAAUGUCAGUCAGACCAAAAUUCUUAGAAGCAAACAAGCAAACUGCCAUGUAUGAAUUGUUGUUUCUUAUUUGUGAUCCUGUUUAUUAACCAACCACGAUAGACUUCAGCAUCUUUCUCUUUCUGUUGAAAUUAUUAGCUUCAACUGCACAUACCUCUGAUGUAAUGAACAGAUGUUAAAUAGAAUCAUUAGUACUUCAGAACUUUAUCAAAUACAUAAACUAUCAGUUACUGAAAUAGUUGUGGCCAUUUCCAGGUAUGAAUUGUACCUGUCUUUGAAAUUUUCUACACAGUUGCAAAUGUUUUUAUAAAAAGGGAAGUAACGUUUUAAAACUGGAAUUGCAUUUUCCCUAUAGAUGUUUGAGAUAGUUUUUUGUGUUUUUAUUAUUGGAUGAAUGUACAGAAACUUCCCUUGGAUUUUUUUGCCUGUGCACUUAUUUACUUUCUGUGCUUCUUGCUUGUUUUCCUCUCUCCAUGGAAAUUCAACAAUCUCACAACUUCUCUUUGGAAUGUAGAUAAAUGAUUGCAUGGUGCACAUACAGUGCA